UUUUUUAUGAAAUUAUAAUUCAAUUGUAAAUUGUCCAAAUGAUUAGUACUCAACCAAAUAACAUACAAAUAAGACGUCAAAUAUUGAAACAUACCGAUUAUAAGUUAUGGAGUUGAACAUUGAAAAAGAAUUAAAGACAAUUGUCAGUGAAGUUGACUUCGGGAAAAAUUGUAAAUUAGUGUCGUUAAAAUUAUAUAAUUGUAUGACUGGAGAGGAGGAAUGGUGCUACCAAAAAAUAUUUUGUGAUGUUACAACAUCUGAUGGAUCUCAUCAUAACAUAAUUAUCAAGUUAAAACUUCAAGAUUUUGUACUACGCAAAUUUUUUGAAUCUGACUUAUUAUUCAAUAAUGAAUUAAUAUUUUACGAAAAGAUUAUACCGUUCCUAUUGGAGUGCCGGGGACCAACAGUUAAUGAUGCAAAUGCCCUUUUUGUACCACGUUUUUUUUAUGGUCGUAAUAAAUGUGAUGAACUUAUGUCACAUGAUUUAAUUGUUAUCGAAAACGUUAGUACAUUAGGAUAUUGUUUAAGUAAUGAAAAAGUGUUCUUGGACUUCGACCAUUUAAAAACCACACUUCGUACAAUUGCAAAGUUUCAUGGACUUUCGUAUACUGCCAAACACAAAGAUUAUGGCAGAUUCCAGGACAUCAUCACUGGUAUCAAAGAAUCACAGUACAACGGGAGAUUUAUAGUGCAGACUGGCCUGUUGAAAGUGUUCGGUCAACGAGGGAUUAAUCGUCUGUUGGAACGGGAUGGGGACAGGUACCGAGACCACGCACACAUCCGCCGCUUGUACGAGUUCUUCGAUGACGCAGAGAACACACUAUUGCAGAAAUUAAAGAGCCACGGACCACUGUCCGUCAUAUGCCACUUUGAUUGCCACCGCGACACUUUGAUGUUCCAAUAUGACGAAAACGGACGUCCGUUUGACGUGCUGCCCAUAGACUAUUUUAUGCUACAUUACGGGUCACCUGCGUUGGACCUGUCAUCGUUCCUGUACAUAUCCACCACUCAGCGGUUGCGCGAGACGCACUGGGAUGACUUACUGGACACAUAUUGCGCCGCUCUGGCCACGUCCGUCCCUCCCGGGGUCCGCAUCCCUGGUCGCACCGAAAUUGACGCCGAAAUGGCCGCGACUGCCGUUUAUGGAUUCACCAAAGCGUUGAUUGUCGUGCCGUAUAUGUUACGCUCCAGAAGUGAUGAACUGGAUUCGUUGGUGACGAGCGAUGAUCCGUUGGACUACUUUCUGGCGUUGGGCGGUGACAUGGCAACUGAGUGCUUAGCCGACGCUAUGCAGCAUUUAGUCGACAUGGGCUACACUGAUGUGCUGAAACAAUAAAAGUACUACUACCAAUCUCGUCUUCAUACAAAUGUGAAGUUGGAUUUUCUGCUAUGGUAGGCAUCAAAAACUAGCAAA